UGAAAAGACGGUCAAGUUUUAUGAUUUUGCCAACGCUCAGUUGCCGAGCUUUUUGCAAGCAUUUGACCUGUUUACGAGAAGAUACCAAUCAGAGAGCCGGAGACAAACGUCGCGAACGAUGACCUCUGACAUGAGACGCUUACUUGCGUUGGAUCUUUAGAAGAAACAGCCUUUUUCAACACAGUACGUUGCACAUAAUUUCAAUAUUCCCACCAGGCAGCACUGGACUACAGAAGAGCAAGAAUGGAUAACACAGCUGUUCUGCUGCUAAGCGAAGUAUAUGGUACUUUAAAAGGAGGAAUUUCUAACAUGUAUCGUUGGCUUGCACGGGCCAUUCGGAAACAAGAUCCGGCUAUUCCGGUGUUAAGUGCUGUUCUAGAAGCAACUGAAGAACACGAGGAGGAUGCCAAACGUGAUGGAGUGGAACUGUUACUCCCUAGGAUUGAAUCAGGGGAUCCGAGGACUACUCCAACUUUAGACUGGAUGACAUUUGACCAUAAUGUCAAAUACCCACAUCUUCCCUCAAAGGUAAGAACUAUCGUGGGACACAUUGAUGGCACAAGCAGAGCAGCUUGCAGGGUUAAACAGGACCGUUGUUCAGAGGCAACAGUCGUCCUCUUCAUCGACGACAUACCAGAGGACACUGAGCAGUAUAAGGGAGAUGAAAAGGCCAUGGGGAUUGGGAAGAAAGAAGAUUCAAUACUUAAGGAUGCAGAAGAAGCUGAUGUUGUCUUCUCUGUCGGUGAUAGAACCUUUGAUCACUUUGAGAAUCAGUUCAGAGCUAUACCAGCCAACAAGCAACCUCAACACAUGAUGUUCCUUCCGCGGCCCUCCAGUAUCUUUGAAGAAGCAAAUGCUGAAUACAAGAAAACAGAAACGAAAGUAGUACUGUGCAUUGGUAGGGUAGCGGGUGUUGAGAAAUUGAAGGGACUUGAUCUUGCUGUUGAGGCCCUGAGCACUGUUGCAGGGAAGAUACCAGUCAAGUUGCGAGUACGAGGAGUCGACAAAGAUGACCUAGAAGCAACCAAGGUCAUUCUUGAGCACUGCAAGUCAGCUAAUCUGCAAAUAACCUUCCUUCCUUACGGUACACAGAAGGACAUCUGUAAAGACAUGUUACAGUCCCAUUUGGUCCUGAUGCCUUCUCGUGCCGAACCGUUUGGACUGGUCGGCCUUGAGGCCAUCGCAGCUGGAGUUCCUGUUCUUGUGUCUGACAAAUCUGGAUUGGCAGACUUGAUCAACAAGUUUGCUCCAAGUUAUUACCACUGCAUUGUCGAAACGGCCAUUAGUGGUGACGAUCAAAGAACUGUAGACCGCUGGGUUAUGUGCAUUGAAAGGGCCCUGCGACACUGCGAAGCAGCGUUUGCAACAGCUGCCAGUUUAAAGAAGACACUUUUGUCUACAAGAUACUGGGAGGAAUCCGGAAGGACCUUCAUCCAGGUUUGCACAUGUCCAGUACCCAAUGCCAUGUUAGAGGGCAAAGGUAGAGACCACACUGGCGGUUCGCAAGGAAGCAGCUCAGAUGAGGAGAGUAUGAACUACAGCAUACUCAGGACCAGCGAAAGCAUCUUUGACGAAGAAGUACUUCAGGAUCCAGAAAAGUUUCAAAGCUUGCUAGUAGAUUUCAGGGAACACGUUGACGCCGCCUUGCCUUACUUCAAACUGUCCUGCAAGGCAAAGUUGCGCGUCAAGAGGCGAGCCAAACAUCACAUUACCAAGGUACACAACGUCCUUUUUUCGGGGAAAGGGCUCAAGUCAAAGUAUCGCAAGAUGGUAGAGUGCUUCAAACUCUUCUGUGCAACACUGAAGAAGAUUGAAGAUGGCUGUGUGCUCUGUACUCUUGAGUUUGAUGACAUCCCAGAUUUGAAGUCAUUUCUGAGAGGCUACCGGGAUGGGAAGUUGUCAGAAACUUUGACGCAGGAACUUAUCACAGAGGAGAUGAAACAGGAGGGAGGACCAGACCUCUACGUCCAUGUAACCCUGCUGGUUACAAGAGAUACUGCAGGUUCAAUGGAUAAAGAAGAAGAACUCAACGAAGCUUUCAAACUCCUGUCGAUUGAGACCACAAAGGACCAGUUUAGAGAUAUUGCCACAAAGUUAGGAUUCGAGGAGGGAUCUGCAGCAGAUGCCAUUAAGGUGUGA